AUGAAGCGACCUGAGCCAUGGUCACCUAGAUAUCUACCAGGCCUGAAUCUGACGUAUCGUGACGUUACAGGAAGAAUUCGUGUUGCAGAUGCAGUAUUUGCUUUUCAAUUAAGAAAUCCUAUCCAUAAUGGGCAUGCAUUACUGAUGCAGCAAACUAGAGAAAGUUUAUUAGAAAGAGGUUAUAAAAAACCAGUUUUAUUGCUUCAUCCAUUAGGUGGCUGGACAAAAGAGGAUGAUGUCCCUCUUUCUGUAAGAAUGGAACAACAUCAAGCAGUAUUAGAAGAAAAAAUUUUAGAUCCGGAAAAUACUGUACUUGCUAUAUUUCCCUCACCAAUGAUGUAUGCUGGACCAACAGAAGUACAAUGGCAUGCAAAGGCUAGAAUGGCAACUGGAGCUAAUUUUUAUAUUGUUGGAAGAGAUCCUGCUGGGAUGCCUCAUCCUGAUACUAAAAAAGAUCUAUAUGAACCAAGUCAUGGUGCUAAGGUUUUAACAAUGGCACCUGGUCUAACCCAAUUAGAAAUAAUUCCCUUCAGAGUUGCAGCUUAUAAUAAAAACAAAAAACGAAUGGAACUAUUUGAUGUUAAUCGUAAAAAUGAAUUUGAAUUUAUUUCUGGUACAUACAUGAGGUCACUUGCACGCAAUGGACAGACACCACCAGAAGGUUUUAUGGCACCAAAGGCGUGGAACAUUUUAGCUUCUUAUUAUAGAUCACUUGUAACAAAUGCUUAAACUGUGAUUUGGAAUUGAAGCAUGCAGACAAACAAUGCCCAAAUUUAAAAUAAAAACUAAUAAUAAUAAUAAUAAAAUUAAAAUAGAUAUUAAACAUUCAGUUCUGGUUAGCUGCUGAAUGUUUUGAUUACUAUCAAAAUUUUAAAUAAAGAAAAUUGAUUAUAUAUAUUAGAAUGUCUCUCGCCUCUUAACCAUAAUUUUUAUCUUCCAGAUUUCACAAAACGCAUAACACAGCAUUGCCUGUCUGCACACUUCAUUUCAACAAAAACUAAUUUUAAAUAAGUCAAAUACCACAAUAAAAAAAAUGCUGCUUUUUGACAUCAAAAUCGUGGACCAAUAAUUGUUUUAUACUUGUUAAACAUAUAAAUUAAUUAUAAUUAUUUCUACACAUCUAUAAAUUUUAUUAAAAUUAAAAAUUAUACGAGCAAUUUGUUAUCUGCUCGCUAUUUUGGGAUAUAAUUCACUUGUAUAAGCAUUAAAGUUAUAUCCCCUUAUCUAUGUUUGAUGUAAUGAAGGAACAUAGAUUUUAAAAUUAAACUGCUCAGAUGCAGUUGUUAUUUAUUGUAAAAAAAAA